AUGCGAGCUUCCAUAUUAGCAAGCCAGGUUAUCUACAUUGCUUACACAACUCUCUCGGUAUAUGCAGCACCGCCAGAUGCCUCAAGCAAGUUUCCCCCACUUCUGGAUGCAACGCUCGACCAGCUUCGGCAGGGGCUCGACGGCGGUGCAUUUACAAGCGUCGACCUCGUCAACGCCUACGUCGCCCGCAUUAACGAGGUGAAUUCUGCGCUCCGUCCCGUUGCCGAGAUCAACCCCGAGGCUCUUGCCAUCGCCACGCAGCUCGACUCAGAGAGACGCAGCAACGGACAGGCCACAGCCUCGAAGCCUCUUCACGGCAUCCCCAUCCUCAUCAAAGACAACAUCGCAACUUGCGACUUGAUGAACAACACAGCUGGCUCGUACGCGCUGCUUGGAGCCAAAGUGCCUGAGGACAGCACCGUAGCUGCAAAGUUGCGCAAAGCAGGUGCCAUAAUCUUGGGGAAAGCAAACCUAUCACAGUGGGCGAAUCACCGAAGCCUCAACACGUCAAAUGGCUGGUCAGCUUAUGGCGGACAGACUGUCGCCGCCUACUACCCAGGCCAGGACCCGUCGGGCUCGUCUUCGGGUAGCGGCGUCGCUUCCUCCAUUGGCCUGGCAUGGGCAUCUCUGGGCACCGAAACCGAUGGGUCUAUCCUAUCGCCCGCUCAGAUUAGCAACAUAGUCGGAAUAAAGCCAUCGGUUGGUCUGACUUCGCGCUACUUGGUAAUCCCUAUUUCAGAGCAUCAAGAUACGAUCGGUCCUAUGGCAAGAACCGUCAAAGAUGCGGCCCAUCUCCUUUCAGCAAUCGCAGGACCGGACGGCAAGGAUAACUACACCUCUGCAUUUCCCUUCCGCAGUGUUCCGGAUUACGCCAAAGCCUGUACCAAUGAUGGUCUCAAGGGGAAGCGCCUCGGAAUCCCUCGGAAACUCACAGACGGAAACGGGACGGAUCCAACAGCGGCCGCUUUCCAGUCGGCCCUAAAGGUAUUGCGCGAGGCUGGCGCUGAGAUUGUCGACAACUUGACGUUUCCUGGCCUUGAUGUUCUCAAUGAGAAGUACCCUAACGCUGAGGAUGUGGUACUCCGUACCGACUUCGUCUCUAACCUCAAAGAGUAUCUGUCACAUUUGGUCUCAAAUCCUAAUAAUAUCACGUCCCUCGAGGACUUGCAAGCAUUUACGCAAGCCUCUCCCAAGGAAUAUUGGCCAGAGCGCGAUACUGGCAUUUGGAAUGAGACGCUGGCCCGAGGCUUGAACAAAACCUCUCCUGAGGCCUAUAGCAACGAGACGACUAUACGCUAUCUAGCGGGCCAACUCGGGUUGACGGGCGCACUCAAGAACUAUACUCUUGACGCAAUUGUGCUCCCUACCGACUUCAUCAUCAACGUUGCUGCUCUUCUGGGUACCCCGGUUGUGACGGUUCCUCUAGGAAAGAUGCCAGCCAACACAUCAUUUACCAAGAAUUCGGUUGGAAACUUGAAUGAAACGGGACCGAACAAGCCGUUCGGGAUUGGGUUCGCGGGCGACAAGUGGACCGAGGAAGCGCUAAUUGGAAUGGCGUAUGCCUUUGAGCAGAGGAUGCAGGUUCGGACGACCAUCAAGCUGUUUAUCCAGCCUCGAACGGAGCUGAAGGAUGUCGUGAAGAAGCAAUAA